GUACAGUGGCCACAUGCACUCAGUACAUUUCCAGUACUGAGCCACAUGUGGCUAUUUAAAUUCAAAUUAAUUAAAAUAAUAUAAAAUUCAAAAUUCGGCUUUUCACAUUUUAAGGGCUCAGUAGGUACAUUGGCCAGUGGCUACUGUAUCGGACAGAGCAGAUAGAGAACAUUUCCCCUUUGCAGAAAGUUCUUUGGAACGGCACUGUUUAGAUGAAUAAGGCCAUGGGAAAGCGCUUGGUGACGGGGUUGAGUGCCAUUCUUUCUGGCAAGUCAUCUGCAGGCCCAGAAAUGGAGUGUGCCGAGGAUGUUUCAUUGUUACGAAGGAGAAGUUAAUAAAUCCCCUCAGCCUCAUUUUGGCUGCCUGACUCACUGGCUGUUCACACUGCCAGAGUCGGAGGAUGAGGGAGAGAGUAGGAUCGAAUGCAGUAUUCAGGGCAGUGCUUCUCUGCCCUGGCUAUGGGUUGCAACCACCUAGGGAACUCAAAACAAAACAGAAAACCCAUGCCUAAGCUCUACCCCAGAACAACUGAAUCUGAAUCUCUAGGGGUGGGGCCCAGGAGGUUUUUCUUGUUUUAAGAUCCCCAGGGAAUUCUGGUGUACAGCCAGAGUUGAGAACAGCUGCCUUCCAGAUUGUGACCUUCAACAAACAAACAAGGAUACCUGAAGAUUGGAAGACAGUUUUUCGAGAUAGUUUUUAAUCUAAUUUUCAGCUUCUGCCUGAGCCAGUAGCAGUUGGGAAAGAAGGCUGUGCUCUUUAAAGAGUGCCAGCCAGCCUUAAAGAGCAGAAUGGAUCUUGACGUGGUUAACAUGUUUGUGAUUGCGGGCGGGACACUGGCCAUCCCAAUCCUGGCAUUUGUGGCCUCGUUUCUCCUGUGGCCUUCUGCACUGAUAAGAAUCUAUUACUGGUACUGGCGGAGGACACUGGGCAUGCAGGUCCGCUAUGUUCAGCAUGAAGACUAUCAGUUCUGUUACUCCUCCCGGGGCAGGCCUGGGCACAAGCCCUCCAUCCUCAUGCUUCACGGAUUCUCUGCACACAAGGACAUGUGGCUCAGUGUGGUCAAGUUCCUUCCAAAGAACCUACACCUGGUCUGCGUGGACAUGCCAGGACACGAGGGCACCACUCGCUCCUCCCUAGAUGACCUGUCCAUAGAUGGACAAGUCAAGAGGAUACGGCAGUUUGUAGAAUGCCUCAAGCUGAAUAAAAAACCCUUCCACCUGGUAGGCACCUCCAUGGGUGGCCACGUAGCAGGGGUGUACGCUGCUUACUACCCAUCGGAUGUUUCCAGCCUAUGUCUCGUGUGCCCUGCUGGCCUGCAGUACUCUUCUGAUAAUCAGUUUGUGCAACGGCUCAAAGAACUGCGGGACUCUGCUGCUGUAGAGAAGAUUCCCCUGAUCCCGUCCACCCCAGAGGAGAUGAGUGAAAUGCUCCAGCUCUGCUCGUAUGUCCGCUUCAAGGUGCCCCAGCAGAUCCUGCAAGGCUUGGUGGAUGUCCGCAUCCCGCAUAACAACUUCUACCGAAAGCUGUUUUUGGAAAUCGUCAAUGAGAAGUCCAGAUACUCUCUCCAUCAGAACAUGGACAAGAUCAAGGUCCCAACGCAGAUCAUCUGGGGAAAACAAGACCAGGUGCUUGACGUGUCCGGGGCCGACAUGUUGGCCAAGUCAAUUGCUAACUGCCAGGUGGAACUUCUAGAAAACUGUGGGCACUCAGUGGUGAUGGAGAGACCCAGGAAGACAGCCAAGCUCAUCAUCGACUUUUUAGCUUCUGUGCACAACACAGACAACAACAAGAAGCUGGACUGAGGUGCCGACUGCAGUCUGCGUUCGGCACACGGCAUCCGCCCCCAUCCCCGAACCCGACACGGCCACCACUCUCAGGGAUCCUGCCCCAAAUGCGGUCGGAGUGCCAGUGUCCCUGAGGAAGCCAGUCCCCUCUCCCUGGUAGCCACAGUUUCACAGAGCUUCAGGGGCCACAAGAAAAUCUCCAAGAUCUUUAUUCACAAAAUGGAAACUCAUAUGGAACAAGAUAAGAAAACCCAGCCACGAAAUCUACUGAGAAGUCUUCAAGUUCAUGUCGUUGACAAGCUCGUGCAAAACAGCCACUUUGGACCAUGAUCACUGAGGACAUUUUCUUUAAGACACAGCAAAGGCUGACACUGGAUAUUUUUGUUGCUUCAAAUCUAUUCCCUUGCAUGGUCAGUGGCUUUUAUAGAAGCAUUAGUCCCCAUUUGCUGAACCCUGUUGUGCAAGUCUAAUUUAAGUUUUACAUAGAGACCCCAUGUGAAUGUAGCCUGUCAGCUGCAAGACCAGGGAGGGAAAUGGCAAGCUGCAGGACGUGCACACACGUGGAGGGCCGUGGUCCCGCCUCGGCCAGCCCUCGGAACUGCAGGAGCAGCAGAGCACACAGGCGGGUGGUUUGUUGGGCACCCACAAGUCGGGUAUGGUGUGAGCGAACUCAGAACAGUCACAGAAUGAAGAACACCUGGCAGGGUGGGGUUUCCGAGGAAUAAUUUAUUAUUUUUGAAAAUAGAACUAAUAAAGCAAUAAUGUUCUAGACAUGUAUCUAAAUAAUCAGACUCAGGUUCCACACCCAAGCAACACCUUGUGGGCCUCUUUUCUAUUCUGCUAUGCUACUGAAACCCUUGGACGUAAAAUACCCAUUUUUUAAAUGAAUUCCGUGAAUUCUGUGAACAGUAAUUGAAAAUAAUUCUAAACAGCUGUAAAAAUAACCACAAUGACAUGAAAUAAAUUUAGUAAGUCUAGAUCAGCAACA